CAGCAUCCCAUCAUGGUGGCGUUCAAAGGAAUCUGGACCAAGGACUUCUGGAGAGCUGUGUCAGCCGAGUACCUAGCUUCCCUGAUCUUCGUCCUCAUCAGCCUGGGCUCCACCAUCAACUGGGCAUCCGAGUCGGACAACCCUCCCCCGCAGACCCCCGCAGACCUGGUCCUCAUCUCGCUGUGCUUUGGCCUGGCCAUCGCCACCAUGGUGCAAUGCUUCGGACACGUCAGUGGCAGUCACGUCAACCCGGCGGUCAGAGUGGCCAUGGUGGUGACCAGGAAGCUGAGCCUGGCCAAGGGUGUCUUCUACCUGGCUGCCCAGUGCCUGGGGGCGAUCACCGGGGCAGGGCUCCUCUACCUGGUGACACCAGUGUCUGUCAGAGGGGGCCUUGGAGUGACUCUGGUGAACCCUAACCUCAACAUGGGCCAAGCCCUGUUAGUGGAGCUGCUGAUCACCUUCGAGCUGGUCUUCACCGUGUUCGCCACCUGCGACCCCAAACGCUCUGACCUUAACGGCUCGGCUGCCCUCGCCAUUGGAGUCGCUGUAGCCGUCGGCCAUCUGUUCGAGAUCCCAUACACAGGAGCCAGUAUGAAACCCGCUCGCUCCUUUGGGCCUGCAGUCGCCACCAUGAAUUUUGAAAACCACUGGGUGUACUGGGUUGGUCCAAUCCUGGGUGGCAUCAUGGUCGGCGCCCUCUAUGAAUACCUGUUCUGCCCGGACCCCGAGCUGAAGAGGAUGCUCCGGGACGUCUUCCAGAAGGAUCCAGCAUCGAGGAAGUACAGGGAGGUGGAGGGCAACGGCGUGUACCAGGGGGAACCAGAUGACCUGAUCACCAAGCCACCGUCCAUCCACCACAUCGACCUGGAGAAGGGGGAAAAGAAGGAUAUUUUCCGGGACUUGACAGGCGAGGUGCUGUCAUCCGUAUGACUACCACGGGCACGGAAGAGGGAGACCAACCUGUAGAGCAGGGGGAGAUCCAGAGAGAGACAGUUUCAGUCAGGGUCCUCCCCCACUGCAGCCCCCUACUCCAAGCCCCCAUGCCUUAACCCACACAACUCACUUCUCUGGCAGAAUAUGAUUGCUGCAUGUCCUCGCAGUGUAGAUGUGUUCGUGUACAUGGAGGUGAGCCUUCCUCAACAUUUG